AUGAGACCUGUGAAAAGAGGAAUAACCAAACAACACCUGAUCUACCACUUUUGGAGAACCAUAACCAUUGACCAAAAGAUGAUGAAGACAAGAGAGACCGGGCCCCUGGAAUCUAAGAAGUGUCACUUUACCCUGCUGCUGUUUGUCCUGGGAAUCAGCACAAUGGUCUCUGUUCAUGGGUUGGACUUGCACCAUCCCAGCAAAGGAUGCCCGCCCCCGAGGGGCAUCAAUCUCAACCAAGCUGUUAAAGUAACGCUGAACAUCAGUGGUCAGUCUCAGACUCUGGGCAAAGAUAUCAGCAAGCGCUCCCUGGCUCCUUGGGACUACAGCUACGACAUGGAUCACAACAGGUUUCCUACUAUGAUUGCCGAGGCCAAAUGCCGCUACAACAAUUGUCUGGACUCUGAGGGUAACUUGGACCUGAGCGUCAACUCCGUUCCCAUCAAACAGGAAAUCCUGGUUCUGCGCCGGGAGAUGAAAGGCUGCACCCCAAGUUUCAAGCUGGAGAAGAAGAUGGUCACGGUUGGAUGUACCUGUGUUCGCCCCGAAGUCAAAGAACAACAAUAA